AUGGAAGAAAAGGGGUUCGGUGGCCAAAUGGACGACGAGAGCUUCAUGGACAUGUUGCGGUCGGGCGACGAAGAAGAUUACGUCUUCUCGCCCACGUCCUGCCUCUCUUCAUCGUCGUCUUCCUUCUACUCCUCCGCGAUGCUCUGUUUCGGUGUGAAGCAGGAAGAGACUGUGGCAGUAGUGCGCGGGGCUUCCCAGAAGUCAACUGACUCUUCUCUGUCUUCUCUCUCUUCUCCACCUUCCACAAUCAUCACCCGCUCUCAGUCCCCCACCAAGGCUCGAGAGAAGGAAACUGCAAGCAGAGGACGACGGAGAGUGGCGGCCAGUAGCACCAAGAAGCCCAAAACAGUGGCCUCUCCUGGUCCGUCAGGCACGAUCAUGAUAAGGAAGGAGAAGUUGGGGGAAAGAAUUAUGGCACUGCAGCAACUGGUUUCACCCUUCGGCAAGUCGGAUACAGCAUCUGUUCUGCAUGAAGCUCAGGGAUACAUCAGAUUCCUGCAUGACCAAGUCCAGGUGUAGUGCUCUUUCUUUAAGCACGUUAAUGGAUGUUUUCUUUCUUCUCUGUCUCUGACAGGA